CCGCUUUUUGCCACGUGACCAAACACGGAAGUGGCUUGUACUGCUGCAGCAGCAGCUUCUCAUGAGGCUAAAAGACUUUAGUUUGAGGUUUAAAGUUAAAGCGUUCGACUUAAGUGUAUGAAGACGUUAUUUCAGACUAGUUAGUGGAUAAAAUAAAAGCGUGGCGAUGACUCAGGCCGACAAAGAUCAGGAUAACGGGAAGGAGAAAGAGAAGGAGAAGGAGCAACAGCGAGGAGUGAAGAGACCCAUCGCUCCUCCGGUGAUCCCAGAACCUCUUUCACAGCAAAUCCAGAGUAACUUCAUCGUGGUCGUCCACCCCGGGUCCAGGAUGCUUCGUAUUGGCCGAGCCACAGACACUCUGCCGGUCACCGUCCCUCAUGUGAUCGCACGGAGACACAAGCAGGGUGGACAGCCCAGACAUGAAGACGCCUGGCUGCUGAGAGACGGUCUGAACAAAUCAGAGAGCAACGAGCAGCGACAAAAUGGCCUGAAGAUGGUCGACCAGGCCAUCUGGUCCAAGAAGAUGUCCAACGGGGUGCGGAGGACUCCUGUGUCGGCUGAACAGGCCCGAGCCUAUAACUGUCAGAUCCGUCCAGCCGUUCUGGACAGCAGCUCCAGGGUGAAGUGGACCAACACGAGUCAUCAUCCUCCACAUCUGGUGGGAGAGGAGGCUGUGUACGUGAACUCCUCCGACUGCUACGACGUCCACUGGCCCAUGAUGAGAGGUCAGCUCAACCUCCACGCUGGUCCUGGAGGCUCGCUGACCGCCGUCCUGGCCGACCUCGAGACCAUCUGGAGUCACGUCAUCCAGAAGCACCUGGAGAUCCCUCUGAAAGAUCUAAAGUAUUAUAGAUGCAUCCUAUUGGUCCCCGAUAUCUACAACAGACAGCACGUCAAGGAAGUAGUCAACAUGCUGCUGCUUCAUAUGGGCUUCUCAGCCAUCAUUGUGCACCAGGAGUCGGUCUGUGCUACGUUUGGCAGCGGGUUGAGCAGCGCUUGUGUCGUGGACGUCGGCGACCAGAAGACAAGUCUGUGCUGUGUGGAGGACGGAGUGUCUCACCGGAACUCCAGGUUGAGUUUGGCCUACGGCGGAUCAGAUGUGACCAGAACCUUCUUCUGGCUCCUGCAGAGGGCCGGGUUUCCCUACAGAGACUGUCAGCUGUCCAACAGACUGGACUGUCAGCUCCUGCAGCAUCUCAAAGAGACCUUCUGCCAUCUGGACCAGGACAUAUCAGGACUACAAGAUCACGAGUUCCAGACUCGUUUCCCAGAAGCCCCGGCUCUUCUGUACCAGGUUCGACUUGGGGAUGAGAAACUACAGGCUCCCAUGGGUCUUUUCUACCCGACCACGUUUGGCAUCGUCGGUCAGAAGAUGACGUCGCUUCAGUUCCGUUCCCAGGGCGACUCAGAGGAUCCUCAUGAUGAACACUACCUGCUGUCCACGCAGAGCAAACAAGACCCGUCCUCUAAAUCUGCUGCAGACCGUAAGGCUGUUUCCAGACCAGGUGGAGGUCUGGACGGAGAGCUGAGCGGCCAGGGAGGGAUGGGGGAGUUAUCAGACCUGCCCCGGGGCUGUGGGGGCAGUGGGGGAGGCGGAGGACAGACGCAGGGGGAGGUGGAGCUCCUUCCUGCCCAGGGGGAGUGCCUGAUGGGGGCAGGGGAGGUGGAGGAGCCCCUAUCUGCUCACGUCUCCAGGAAGAGCGCCAUCAUGAGCCAGUUUGAGAGCAAAGCGCUGGGAUUGGAUAAGGCCGUCCUGCACAGCAUCGACUGCUGUGCUUCAGAUGAAACCAAGCGGAAGAUGUACAGCUCCAUCCUGGUGGUGGGAGGAGGCCUCAUGUUCCACGGAGCUCAGGAGUUCCUGCUUCAUCGCAUCAUCAACAAGAUGCCGCCAUCCUUCAGGAGGCUGGUGGACAACGUGGAGGUGAUCACACGGCCAAAGGACAUGGAUCCUCGGCUGAUAUCGUGGAAGGGAGGAGCGGUGCUGGCGUGUCUGGACACCACGCAGGAGAUGUGGAUCCACCAGAGAGAGUGGCAACGGUUCGGUGUCCGGAUGCUGCGAGAAAGAGCUGCUUUUGUCUGGUGAAACUGAACACAUGUAGAAUGAAGCACACCGCACAAAGACAGGUCAAACCUUAGCUGAAAAAUAUAGAAACACAGCUAUUAAAUUUGAUUAAACCUGUCCAUCCCGUUUAACAGAGGAAUAAGUAGUGAAGGACAUCGUUGUGCUUUACAUGAUGAGGCAGCUCCAGAACCUUUUGGUACUUUGUUGGAUAAAUUUGAGCCUUUUCUACCCAAAACAACAGAAAUUAGACCUGAAACUUUUUCUGUAAGUUAGAAAAAAGCAUCAUUUGCAUGCUGGGUUCAUGUUUUUGGUCAGUCCAGACUAAACGAUGCAGAUUUGUGGUCUGAAGGCUUUUCCAGAGGCAAACAUUUCAUUUCUUGUACCAUCUCUGUACAGACUCAGUGUUAUAUUUCUAACAUCAUGUUGAAAACCUCCAGAUGACCUCAGUUCUGGUGACUGCUUUAACAUCAGGAACCCAGAUGUGGUCUUUGUUGUAUAUUUGAAAGAUCUGUGAGGCAGUUUGUCUCUGUUGUGAUGUAAAUAGUACUGCUCAUGUUCAUGUCUGGAAACGUAAAUAAACCUGUUGAAGUUAGACAAGGA